CAUUCUCAUCAGGGCCACUACCACAAUGCCAUGCAGUCUGUUACACUGGGUAACCUGCGCAUGGACAUUGCAGGGCCCAAUGGUCGAGUGGCUGCUUCAGAAGUAGAGAGAUGUAGCUGUCCUGAAGGUUACUCUGGCCUUUCAUGUCAGUCAUGUGCUCCUGGCUUUGUUCGAGUCCCUGAUCCAAGAACUGCCCUUGGUCGUUGUGCCAGAUGCAGCUGCAAUGGACACAGUAACAGCUGUGACCCAGCUACAGGUGUUUGUCAGAACUGCCAGCACAACACGGAGGGAGACAGGUGCGAGCGUUGUAUUAGAGGAUAUUAUGGUGACCCUACAUCAGGCACACCAAAUGAUUGCAGGCCCUGUGCUUGUCCUCUCACUAUCCCAUCCAACAAUUUCUCACCAACAUGUGUAUUGGAUACCUCAGACAAUAGAAUCACUUGUGACAAGUGCCCUCCUGGCUACACUGGACGGGACUGUGGACAGUGUGCUCCUGAAUAUUCUGGUAACCCAAGACAGCCUGGUGGAAAAUGUCAAAGAAUUCAGCAGUUUGAAGUGGAUGUGAGUCCUGCAAUUGUCAGGGAGCCUCUUGGCUCAACUAUCAGGUUUCUGUGCACACCUCGUGGCAGAGGACCAUUUAAUGUGGUAUGGAGCAGGCUUGACGGGCAAGCAUUACCCAGCAGAGCCACAAUUGGGACUGGUCCCGGCUAUGAGCUGACCAUCUUAGAUGUGGACUACACUGAUGCUGGACGAUAUGUUUGUUCAGUGACCAACCCUGAUGGCUCAAAUCGAGACAUAGGAACACUCUUUGUAGAAAGACCUGAUUUGCCUAUAAAAGUUAGAAUUCAAGAACCCACUCGACUGGUCAAGUGGCAAGGUGAUCAAGCCGAGUUUAUCUGUGAGGCUAUCCAAUUUAACAGCGCUGCUAAUUAUGUCUUGACCUGGAGGAAAGAUGGCGGUCAGCUACCUUCCAAGGCUGUUGAGCAAAGCGGAGUUCUGUACAUUCCAGACCUAGACCAGAAUGACCUGGGCCGCUACACCUGCACUGGUUCACAGAGGGGCAGAAUAGACAGUGCCACUGCUGAAAUCAUGUUUGGUGAGAUCCCAGAAUCCCCAACUGUCAGAAUUGAGCCUCCAAGUAUAAGAGUCCAAGAAGGACAGAGAGUUGAGUUAGUUUGUGUUGUUACUGGAAGUCCAAGACCAACCAUUAAAUGGACUAAAGGUAACACAGAUCCCUUACCUCCCCAUAUAAUAACUGACAGAGAGGGUCGGCUCAUCAUAGAGUCUGUUUCACCCAGUGAUAGAGCAGCUUACUACUGCAUUGCAGAAAACUAUGUUGGCACUUCAAGGACAAGGGCCACAAUUCUGGUCUUACCAGCAACUGUUGCUCGAGUGAUUGUCCGCAGAGCUGACAUUAUAGCAAUCGUUGGUCAGAGUGAGCAAAUGGUCUGUGAAACUGAUGGCACAGGAGUAACCCUGCAAUGGUCCAGAGAAGGUGGCCUGCCUCCUGGAGCUAGACAGAGUGGCGGUGUGUUGACGUUGACCAACAUCCAACCUUCAUUUGCUGGGACUUACCUUUGUACAGGCACCAGCUUAACAGGAACUGUUAUUGGAAGAGCCACAUCAAGACUUACAGUGACUGGCUCAAUAAAUGUAAAGCCUACAUCCAGAAUAGAGCCAGCUGAGGGACUAACUAUUGGCUCAGGAACAACAGGAACACUGCGAUGUAUUGUUACUGGUGAGCCAGCUCCUACCAUUGUAUGGUCUAGGUCUAGAGGUCCACUAUCCAGCAACCACCAGGUGAGAGGUGAUGUCUUAAGAAUUCUCCAGGCUACACCAGAAGAUCGUGAUCGCUAUAUCUGCACUGCCACCAAUGAGGCUGGUGUCUCAGUGGCCACUGUUGUUGUUAACAUUGAACGCCGUGAGCCUCCUCUUGUCACGCUGUACCCAUCUGUCAGCCUGAUCAAAAGACAAGGUGAGAGUGCCAUGUUCCAGUGCAGAGUUACCCAAGGCCAGCCUGCACCUACAGUCACCUGGACCAGAGCUGGUGGCCUGCCUCUUACUGAGAGAACCAAAGUUGAACAGAAUGGAGUGCUGAUGUUCCGUAACUUGACUCAACGAGAACAAGGAGAGUAUAUCUGCACAUCUGAGAAUGUUGUGGGAUCAGUCUCUGCAACAGCAAGUCUGAGGGUUCAAGGUGCACCAGUCAUUGAGAUCACCCCAGGUACUACAAUAAUUGUUGAGGAAGGCAGAAGACUGUAUAUUGAGUGUGUGGCCAGUGGUGAACCAGCCCCUGAUGUCUUCUGGAGAUCUGAAACCAGGAGGAGGUCAGAGGUGCUACCUGAUGAUGUAACUGAGAAUGGAAGAAGCAGGUUGGCAUUUGAUUCUGUACAAAAGAGUGAUGCAGGUCGAUACACAUGUAUGGCAAGAAAUGAAUUGGGUGAAACUAAAGAAACUGUGGAAGUCAUAGUAAAUGAUGCCAGUGGAAACCCUGAGACAGACCUUACCAUUGUGGGCCCUAGCAGGCUGACUUACACCAUGGGUCAGUCUAUUGAACUCACUUGUCUGUCCAAGGAUUUGCCCAACGCACAAAUCACAUGGCGUCGCCCUUAUAGGCAGCCCUUGCCACCAGGCAGCAGGGUCAGCAAUGGAGUUCUGUACAUCCCCAGGAUAACCCCUGAGUACGCAGGAGAGUACAUCUGUUCUCUAGCCAAUGACUUCCAGACUGUCUUCAUUACUGUCACUGUGACAUCUAAUUUAGUGAUUAGCCCGUCCUCAACAAGAGUGAGAGCUGGAGCAAGUUUACGUCUUAGUUGCCAGUUGGGUGGUUCAUAUCCUUACACUGUUGAGUGGAGCAAAGAGGAUGGUGUCUUGUCCCCACAGGCCAGGGAAAGCAAUGGAGUCUUGGACAUCAGGCAGGUGACCAGUGCAGACGCUGGCCGCUACAAGUGUGUGGCCACCACGGACAUUGGCUCGAAUGAAGCCUAUGCUGAUGUCAUUGUUGUAGUGCCUCCUUCUAUUGAUAUACAAACAUCAAUUAUACUCAGAUACCCAUAUGGUAUUCAGCUCAUUUGCAAUGCCAGAGGAAGUCCUGCACCAACUAUUCGCUGGGAGAGAGAAAAUGGAGCAGCUUUUCCUGAUCAGCAUCAGAUUGGUGACGGCGUUCUCACGAUCUACAAUGCUUCUUCUGUUGACUCUGGUAACUAUAGCUGUAUUGCUUCCAAUGAAGCUGGACGUGAGCAGAUCACUUUCCCAGUCAUUGUUGAUAAUGACUUUGGUGAUGAGAUAGGUGUCAACUAUUAUGUAGAGGGAGAUGCAAUAGAUCUGGAGGUUACCCCAGAAUCCUUCACCGAAGCUGCUACUUUCAAAUGGUCCAAACUGGAGGGCCCAAUAAGCCGCUACGCUGUCAUCUCCAAUUAUUCACUUCACAUAGAGAAUGCAAAGGUUAGUGACAGUGGCACCUACCGCUGCACACUUACAGGCCCUGCGGGAUCAAGAUCUGUUGAUAUCAGGUUGAAGGUCACUGCCAAGCCAUCAAUCAACACCUUUCAGGAGUAUACCACAGCAGCUUUAGGCAGCCCAGCUCAGCUCAAGUGUAAUAUUCAGAGCUCAGGACCACCCAGGGUGACAUGGAUUAAAAAAGAUGGCGAACUACCUUAUGAGCAUGAAGUGAGCCAGGAUGGCAGCCUGUACAUCCCAAGAGUCAGGGAAGGAGACACAGGUGCAUAUGCCUGCCAGGGUUCAGGUCAAGUUGGCCCUUCUGUUUAUCCUGUCUACCUGUUUGUUGGAGCCUUGGUGCCAUAUUUUGGAAGAAAUAAUGAGAAUUCAUAUCUGGAGUACCUACCACUUACUGAUGCCUACCAAGACCUAGAUAUUUUGUUGUCUUUCCGACCUGAAUCAACUGAUGGCUUGCUGUUGUACAAUGGACAAUACCCCACUGCUGCAGGAAACUUUGUCUGCUUUGGAUUGCAACAGCAGGUUCCAGAGUUCAGGUUUGAUGUUGGUUCUGGCCCUGCCAUCAUACGAGGUAACAGGUCUCUAGAGCUGAACAAAUGGCAUACUGUGCACCUAAAGCGAUCCGAAAAAAAUGGCACUUUGCUAGUCAAUGAUGAACCUGCUUAUGUUGGUGUCGCUCCUGGGCAGCAUGAAGGUCUAGACCUUGGUGCACCUCUCUACCUCGGCUCUGUUCCAGACUACAGAGAUAUUCCUCCUUCCACUGGUUAUUCCCAUGGCUUUGCUGGCAGUCUGAGUCAAGUGCAGGUUAAAGGUGUUAAUAUGAACCUGGGUGCUGAGGCAGUGAGUCUGAAAAAUGUCAUCCCCUAUGACGUGUGUGCUAUUGAGAGGCCAUGUGUGAACGGCGGCACUUGCAGAGCCUUCAACAUUCGCUAUGGCUAUGUGUGUGAGUGCCCUUCAGGAUAUGGAGGAGAGAAAUGUGAACAGGAGAGAGAGACCUGCUCCCCAGGACUUUGUGGAACAGAAGGCAGGUGUGUCAAUCUGCCUCAAGGUGGCUACUCUUGUGCUUGUCCAUUAAGAUUGACUGGAGAUCGCUGCAGUAGAACCAUCCAGAUAGCUGACCCAGCGUUUGACAGAACCUCCUUCAUUUCUUAUGACACAAUUAAAGGUGGACUUAUGACCCUGAGCAUCAAGUUAGACUUUAACCCCAGAAGAUUAGAAGAUGGCAUCAUUCUGUACAAUGCCCAGAAGGCUGAUGGAAAGCAAGAUUUUAUUGCACUUGUUGUCAAAGACAGACACUUGGAGUUUAGAUUUGAUGUUGGCUCAGGUCCAGCAAUAAUCAGGAGUCGUUACCCCCUGAGAGCCAAUGAGUGGACCAAAGUUGUCGCUGAGCGCAGAGGACGUGAGGGUAUGCUGACAGUCAAUGACGAAGAGUCUGUUAACGGAUCAGCAUCUGGUAAUAAGUCAGUGGGUUUCAACUUGGAGCGACCUCUGUACCUGGGAGGUGUAGAUCCUAGUGAGGUGAUCAACCCUGGAGCUGGAGUAUACACAGGAUUUAUUGGCUGUGUUGGUCAGCUUGUCGUUAACGAAAGAAACAUUGGACUAAUUGAUGAGGCCAGGGAGACUAUGAACAUUCGUGACUGCGGAGAAAGAACAAUGUGUUCCAGGAAACCUUGCCAGAACAAUGGCGUGUGCACCAACCGCUCUCCCACAGAAUAUUUCUGUACCUGCCCAGAAGGUUUCUCUGGUCGUAACUGUGAAGUCAAAAUAGACAUUUGUGUCUUGGAGUCCCCAUGUAAUGAAGGUAUUUGUGUCCCACAAAACAACUACUACAGGUGUAUGUGCCCCUUGAACUGGGCAGGAAAUAAUUGUCAAUAUUCUGUGAAAAUUGGUACUUCAGCCAACUUCCAGGGAGAGGGCUACAUUGAGAUAUCAUCGGAUAAAUUCCCCCGACAGAACAGACGUGCCCAGGAAAACUUGACAGUGACAAUAACAACAACAGAACCAAAUGGUUUGAUCAUAUGGCAAGGUCAGAAACCAGACAGUCAUAUUAAGGCAACGUCGGAUUACUUUGCCGUUGCAGUUGUGGAUGGAUAUUUAGAGUUCAGUUACGAUCUUGGAGAUAAACCUGGUGUGCUGAGAUCCUUGUUGCCUGUCAAUGAUGGUUAUCCCCAUGACAUCACAGUCUCUAGAAAUGGUAAACAUGGUAAAUUGAAAGUUGACCAACAGGCUGAGGUAUCUGGUCUCUCAGGUGGAGAGCUCAAAGUUUUGAAUGUAAUGGGCAACAUUUUUGUAGGUGGUGUUCCAGACAUGAAGCGCUACACUGACAACACUUUCAGCAAAAACUUCAACGGCUGCGUGUCCAACCUCAGGCUCUUUGGGUCGAACAAUCUGGACUUUGGUGUGGAUGCUCUAGGGGGCUUGAAUGUGGUAUCCUGUGAAACGCGACCCUUCUAGCUCAUUAUAAAAUAGAUUCUAGCAAAUGUUUCAGUUAUUAUCUAGUGCCUUUUUGAAAUAUUUUUAUUUUGUUAAUAGUCCUCAUCAAUAUCAUCAUCACUAAUUGUCUCCCAUCUGUCUGUAAAUAAAUAGAAAAAGAUUUAUUGGACUUGGUUAUGCAGUCAACUACAUUUUAAUGUGUUGGACAUACAAUAGAAAAGGAAAAAACAAAAUUAAGGCCAUCUUUAAAUUCAUUGUCCCAAUGUAAGACACUUUUUAAUGCAUCAUUUGUGUAUGAAUAGUGUUUGGGUCAACUCAACUAUUUUGAUGAUGUAUUUUUUUUUCGUAUAUUGAAGCAAACUAUAACAUUACAGCUAAAUUUACAGUAAGCCCUCUUGGACAAUGGUGUUUAUGUUUCUGAAUAUUUUGAAGCCAAGUCAGUAUUUGUUUUAAAUAUCAUUUCAUCACUUUCAACAAUUGUGUAUAUUCAACUUACCUAUGCAAUAAAUGGUUUUGACAAGAGAAGACUAUAUCCUUUACAAUUACAAGUGAAUGAAUGUGGCCUGUUUGUCCCUGUCGCUAGGCUUCUCAUGUUAACACAAUACUCACCAAGCAAUCCUUUAACCCUGGUGCUAUCAAGACAUGUUUGAUUUCUUGUGACCUAUGCAAUAAAUGGUUUUGACAAGAGAAGACUAUAUCCUUUACAUUUACAAGUGAAUGAAUGUGGCCUGUUUGUCCCUGUCGCUAGGCUUCUCAUGUCAACACAAUACUCACCAAGCAAUCCUUUAACCCUGGUGCUAUCAAGACAUGUUUGAUUUCUUGUCAUUUCAGUCAUCUAUUUUUUAAAAAAUUGUAUUUAUGUUUGUAUGUCUGUCCCACUCCGUCAGUAGGUGUCAGUGAUGUAAUGGCUAGAUGUUUUGAUCCCUGAGGUGAAUGAACACAUUUUUAUUUUGUUUCUUUUGACUUUGAUUAUGGACAGACAUGUUUUGAAAAAGACAAUAAAUGAUUCUGUUCCGAUUAUCUCAUUUUAGUCAUCGUAGUCUCCCUUUAUUCAUACAUGCAUAACAAAAUCAAGUUAUUAUCUCCCUUCGAUUGAUACACAAAGUUUAUAUUAUUAGUUAAAAUAAAUAAAUAAUUGAAAAAGACUUGAAAAGUUCCUAUCUAGAAAGUAAUUUAAUUUGUGUGUGUGUAUGUUGUGCUUCUGGCUUCCCUAUAGGCCAUCACAUUUAAAAUGACUUUACAUUAUACAUGUCUGUUAUAAUAUUUUAAAUAACAAUGUAACUUUUUGCAUAAUAUUUUUGUUUUCUUACAACUGAUUAUAAAUUGAAUGCUUAGUUUAAUGAUUCUUUUUUUUUUUGUAGUUUGUUGUACAUCAUUUUCAGUUUUUGUCACUGGGAAAACCUUAAAAGUGAAAAAAACAAAACAACUUUUUUACAUUUAUUUCAAUGCUGACAUUGUAAAAAAAAAAAAAAAGAACAAGUAAGGUAAUCCUUUGGCCAGUGUAACAAAUAAAAAGCCUUGUAUUAUGCUAGCAAGUUCAAAUUUUAGCACUCUCAAAAUGCCUGGUACCAGUAUCAGAAAAUCAACAGCUAAAUUCUUUUCCAAAAAAAUAUAUUAUACAAAAAUAUAUUGUUUCCUUUAGUUUAUAGGUUCAAGUUUUUAUUAGGUCCUGUGUUCACUGUUAGGUUCUGAGUUUAAAUGAGGCUGUUGAUUGUAGAUAACAUUAGAGUCUGUGAUGUUCUCAACUCUUUGAAAUAAAGGAACAAAACAAGA